AUGAUCCGCAGUGUCCUCGAAUGCGCACAAGACGGAUACGGUAACCUCACUGGCGCGCACUUUAAUCAUCAGGAUAUGUUCGGCAAGACAGCUCUCCAUUGGGCCGUCAAACAUCACGAACCGAUCAUGGUCGAGAUCCUCUUGGAAAAGGGUGCCGAUUGCAGCAUCGAGGACCAGGGCGGAAACUUUGCCUGGGAGCUUAAGAACUGGAAUGGCGACAAAUUAUACGUCGACCUCGCACGCACUGUGUCGGAGAAGGCGUUCGAGCAGCUUCAGACACCGUUCAAGGCUGAGGAAGAGUGGGGCAACUCGGGGUGGUUCACUAGAGAGCGGGAUGACGCAAAUAUCAUGGAGCGUUUAGGUGUGUUUGCGCAAGAACUGCAAGAAUUCGGGACUGCGGCAGCUUAG